AUGGCGGCCUCAGACGUUCUUUGUUCGUAUUUCAGUUGGUUGGUAUAUGCAACGGAGGGAGCUAUUACUGGCAGAAUGUGGAUAUCUGAUCCUUUGGCUUCCGUUUUGUGCAAAAUUGGGAUCUAUGUUAGAGUUACUUCACAAAUCGUGUCCGUGCUUAGCUUGGUAGCAAUCGCUGUUGACAGAUAUUUCGCCAUCGUGUUUCCCUUGAGGACAACGUCAAUGCAUAAAGAAAGAGUUCGUUUUACUAUUCUUCUUCUUAUUUGGAUCACAUCAGGCGCGUUAUGCUGUCCUGGGAUCCUUUACGCCAAAGUUGUGGAGAGUAACGGUGACAGUUUCUGCCGAUUGCUCUGGACUCAAUCAGCCUAUAAGAUUUACCAUUCGAUUGGUAUAGUACUACUUUACUUUACUCCUCUUAUAACCAUAAUAAUCUUUUACUACCGCAUUUUAAGAGCGCUGCGAGCACGAUUGAUGAGUGGAAACGGUCUGCGAGACUCACAAAACAUCACUCUAAUUCAGAAUCAGCAAGUCAUUAAAAUCCUCAUCUCGAUUGUCUUCGCUUUCUUCUUCUGUUGGACUCCUCUUUGCAUUUACUUUGUUCUUAAAAUUUUUCAACCAGACCUAUUCCUGGAAGACACAUGUCACAUAAUUGUAGUUUUGUUAUUCUACGUUUUUCCAUCUCUUAUCACCGUUAUUAAUCCUCUAAUUCUUUUCUUGUUUAGCACAAAUUAUCGACAAGCUUUGGCGAACGUACGCGCACUUUGUCGGGUUAAUUCGGUCGGGAUAUCUCCGUUGCAUGUUACUACAGUUCAGAUGAUGGAAAUCCACUAGAUCAUGUCUGCAUUUUACGAACUGGUUUGAUUGAACGCUUUUAGGUAACAAUUAUUUAGGCUUCUGAUAGAAAAAAAAAAUUCCCGAGUAGCCAGCAGCUGUUGACGAAUAUGUUUUACUAUUCAGGCAGAUCUAAGAGUAACUAAGCUGAAAUGAAGUAAGUGGAAUUGAAAUAAAAUAUUCCGAAUAGUAUACAACUAUCCCUUCAAGGGGAGGUGAAUAGUGGUGGAACUACAGGUAGACGCGGAAGGUCGAGGGAUAUAUCUAUCGUUGUUCACCAAUCUUGAGGGGAUAGUUGUUUUAGUAUUUACCAAAUCAGUUAGAUAAAAAUGAAAAAAGUGACUUUUGUAAAUUAAAACCGUCAGUCAAUAGGAACUUUGUUUACAAUUUACAUACAUUUCUGGGGUUUUGUCAAGUGCAUUUUUACGAUUUUGUUGCAAAUUCAGCAUGAAAAUCAUUUUCUACCUUCCAGUCAACACUGACAAGCCAAAGUUCCUCACUUUCUUGGUAUUUGUUUGGUCGACUGCUUCACUUAUCGCUCAAAUUUCGUCUUUCGAAAAUGUCUCGAAACGAGACACCAUCUUAGCUCCGGUCGCAAAAACAUUGAAUAGCCAAGGAUAUUCCGAGUUACGGGAGCCAAUCAAAACGCGCGAAAAGUGCUAUUCACUGAUUUGGUAAAUAUUAAUUAAAAAUAGAAUAAAUGUGAAUGCAAUUCUCUCUAAGACGGACCGGAUACCGUUUGGACUGAACCCAAGGGCCCGAUAUUAGAAGUGGUGUUGUCACGAAGCUCUACUUUUGUCUUUUACAAAAAGUUCUUGAAUAGGUAACGUUAACAUCAUGUUUCAUGGCGAGCGGUGGCGAGUUAUGAUUAUGGCAAUGCAAAAUGGACUUGAAUGACGUCGCAGACACAUCCCCGAUUUUCUGAAGAUUUGGUUGAUGGAAUUAAAGUCAUCGCAACAUAAUUGUGAUAAGACAAACUCAUUUUUUUCUUGUUGAAUACUUUUGGGAAACAGUGAGAUAUUGAUGGAGAUAUUGUUGACGGUGUUGGUGAUGCAAAAAGAAGAAGAAGAAGGAAAAGAGGAAAAAGAGAAGACGGUUGAAAUAUAAAGUGCAAAUUUAAUAUGAUAAUCUACUUUUUCUAAGUAAAUGUAUCAACAUGAAGCCGAAACGUUGUAAAUUGCAUGGUUCAAUGUUUAAUUAAAACAGCUGUGUAGACUUUGAAGUAAAAGAUAAUUUAAAAAUUGUAAAAAAAAUUCGUUUGGGGAGAGACGAAGAAAUGGGUUUGCUAGUUAAAUCUUUAGUAGUAUUUUGUUUUGCUGAGAAAUUCGUAUUAUGCUAUACUAUAAGGAUGGAGGUAAUUAAUAAAUGGUGAAAGAACUAAUAAAUGAAAUAUUCCAUUAAUAAAAGAAAGUAUUAUUCCUUUGUACCGUGGAUUUCUUUGUUUGUAGACAAAUAGUCAUUUUUACAUUCGCAGCAAACUUCAUAACUGUGUUGAUUCUUUUUUUUUAAUCAAGGAACUUAAUGGCAGUAGGCUUCGUUUCAUUGAAGAAAAGUUUUCUUGGGAAAGAGAGUCACUCUCUCAGCCGAGUCAACUUAAUAAAUUGCAAAAAAUUUUGACCCCUUUGCCCAGGCAAAGAGCGCUCGUGCAUGUUCUGAUCGUGAAGCCUUGACUGAAUUGACCGGUUAGGCCAGCUAAAGUGUAUGAAGGGAGAAAAGUUGGUCCGGCUAGGAGGGUGAUCUUACCAUCAAAAAUGGGUGACUCUCUGUUUUUCACGUUAAUUGGUUGCCAAGUUUUGUAAAGAGGAAAUGGAGAAAAGGUUGGCUGUCGAGGGUGUCUUCAGUAGCAGAGACACAAAAAUGUUAGGUCUGUAUUAGAAAUGAACAAGUUUUAGGUCCAGUUAAAAAGCUCUUUUAAAUCUUCUCCAAUGUGUCUUUUAGAUAUUAGGAACAGCACGUUUCCCUUAGCCAAAGUGUAAAGGGAUACAAACUUUUGAUUUUUAUUCAUUUACAAUAGAGGAGUCAGCCCUCUGAGAUUAUAUAAUAUGGUUAUGAUAAAGUUUUGAACGCCUCAAAAGCCACAGUUGGUAGUUGUAUUAUAACGCCGGUUGUUUGGUUCCGGCUUAAGGUAGAGAGCUGGUUUGUCAACCGCAAAAUAUUCCGAAUUUCAGAAGACUGAUGAAAACUGUACGUCUAUUAAAAAUGGAUAAACCAUUUUUACACAUUUUGUUUUUCUGUUUGUUCUGCAUGUUGGUCUUUUAGUCUAUUUAACAAUCUCAACAUAGUAUAAGAAACUCUGUUCGCACUAAUUGACGCACUUCUACAUUUUUUCUCAACUAUACUUUGUUAAAGCUCGCACCAAAGAGCUACCAGAACUAAGAAAUAAAGUAAAACAAAACGAAACCAACCAAACAAAAAAGCCUCAGUUGAACCAACCAACCAUCCAACCAACCAAAAAAAAAAAUCAUUCAGUUUAGCAUUUAAAGAGCCAGGCUUACAUAGGGUCACAUGGGCCUUAUAUAUUAUAAGGCCUGCUUAUAAAUUCCUCUAAUUCUAAGGGGUCUCAAUAAGGUGCUGGCUUUGACCCUUGACGAUUAUUUUUUUUCCAAUUUUGACGGUUGACGGCUAAAUUUCAGAGCUUUUGACGGUUUACGGUUAUUUAGUGAAAAUUUAGUCCAAUAUAGUUAAAGUAAUUUGAUUAACUUGUGUAUAACGUAACAUUAACUGUUGUGUUUUGGAGGUUUCCUUGGCCUUUCACAUAAAAUUUGAAGAUAGAUUUAAGAUAUAAAAAAGAUGCAAGGUCUUGUGAUGUUCUUAGGGAGUGUUUUUGAUAAAUUGGUCCGUGACUUAUUUAGUAAAGUGAUUCUUCGGGAGCCGAAAGUCCGUGAAGAUCAGGUGAAAUAG